GUGCAAGAGAACCAAGAUGGCCGGUUUGCUUUAUUAUUAAGUUGACAGCAAAUCUUUAACAAAGGAGCUGAAAGAUGCCUGCACCCGCAGACUGGAAGCUCCUCAUGGGAGUUGAUCCAGAAAAUCUUGGAGAUGAUGAUGAGAAAAUAUGUGAUAUGAUUUUGAUGGUCAAAUCACGAGACCUGAAAGGACAUGAAGCAGAGAAAAUGAUUCAGCUCUUUAAAAUCUCACAGACACUCUUGAGGUUGAAACUGGAUGAAAUUAAAUGUGCCUAUGAGGUUGUCGACAGCGCAGGUGCCGACCAAGCAAGAAUUGAAGGUGAACUAAAAGCCAAAGUCCUAAAACUGGAAAGUGAGCUUGAGAUGGCACAGCGUGUGACAGGAGGGGGGGACACACGUUUCCUUCGGGAUGAGAUUCGCCAACAGGAGAGUCAACUGGAGCGCGCUGAGAGGGAGGUCGCCCGGCUGGAGAAGGAAAUGGUCAAGGAGAGGAAAGCCAAUGAGGAGCUGACUCUCCGUGUUGAAGACGCAGAGGAGAAGAACAGAAAACUCAAAAGAGAGAAUGAACAGCUGCAACAGGAUGUUGAGUUCUACAGAAAGGAAGCAGAUCAAAGAGCACCGCUUCAGACCAGAGAGGAGAGCAAUGAGAUUCAGAGGAGACUUACCAAAGCCAACCAGCAGCUCUACCAGUGUAUGGAGGACUUGCAGCAAGCUGAAGAUAUGGCUGCCAACCUAAAAAAUGAGAACGAACAUCUGCAGAAGAAUCUGGAGGAGUCUGUGAAGGAGAUGGAGAAAAUGACAGACGAGUACAACAAGAUGAAGAUCGCCGUACAGCAGACAGAUGCCAUCAUGGAUCAGCUGAGAAAAGAUAGGGACCACGCCAAGCUCCAGGUCAGAGAGUUAACUGAACAGAUCCAGGCCCGAGUGGAAGAGGAUGAUCCGGUUAUGGCUGCCGUUAAUGCAAAAGUGGAGGAGUGGAAGUGUAUUUUAUCAGGAAAAGAUAUGGAAAUUGUGGAGUAUCAACAGAUGAUCAGAGAGUUGAGAGAGAAACUUCGAGCCGCCCAGAUGGACACAGAUAAAAGCAAUAUCAUAGCUCUGCAGCAGGCCGUGCAAGAACGGGACAACCAGAUCAAGAUGCUUUCAGAGCAAGUCGAACAGUACACAGCAGAAAUGGAAAAGAACGCUCUGCUCAUUGAGGAGCUGAAAAAGCCUUUGAAGAAGGAUAAAGGUCUCAUCUCCAGCGUGCAGCAGCGUAAGAUAGACGAAUUGAGCGCUAAGCUUGAAGUGGCAGAAAGGAAAGUCAUGGAGGCUCAGCGCGCUGCCCAGCUGGCCGAAACCGAUGCUAAGGAGAAAGACAAAGAACUCAAUGACACGCUCGGUCGAAUCCGUCUUUACGAGUCUGGGACGGAUGGUUUGGAAGCCGCUAUCACCGAGAUCAAAGAUUGUAAAAAACAGAUCAGAGUGAGAGACCAGGAAAUAGAGACGAUGAUCAAAGAUAUAAACCAGCUAGAACUCAAAAUCAACAAUCUACUUGAUGAGAACGAAGACCUGAGAGAACGACUCGGAUUGAAUCCGAAGGAAGAACUUGAUUUGACGGAAUUCCGAAGAUCAAAGGUUUUGAAACAGAGACAAUACAAAGCUGAGAACCAGGUUCUGCUGAAAGAGAUUGAGAGACUUGAGGAGGAAAGACUUGAGCUGAAACAACGCAUCCGUGCCCUGGUGAAGGACAAAGGUAUAUCAGUAGUCAGUAAUUCAUUGCUUGAUGAUGAUGAAGAAAAGCCCAGAUUUUCAGAGCAGAGGCCUGUCUCUGAACGUGUUGAUGAAGAAUUAAAAAUCAAAAAUGACCGUUUACAGAAAGAGCUGAACAAUAAAGAGAAAGAAUUGGAACUCAGGAGAACAGAAUCUGCCCAAUUCAAGGCCAAACUAAAUGAAAUGUUAAAUGAGAAUAAACAGCUAGAGCAGGGUAUGAAGGAGAUCUUGCAGGCCAUCCAGGAUGCUCAGAAGACGACACCUUCACCAACGGCGGUCAGCAUUCCCAGUCUGGAACGACUCAUCAAUGCUUUGGAGAUGAAGUACUCAGAGGGGAAGUUUGAUGCAAACCUGCACCUGAGAUCUCAGGUAGAUCAGUUGACCGGUCGUAAUGAAGAGCUCAGACAAGAGAUGAAAACAGCUAGAGAUGAGGCGGCAAACACUUUUAACCAGCUAACAAAAGCCAAUGAGAAGAUUGCACGCUUGGAAAGUGAAAUGGAGUCAUUGGGCAAAUCGGCUGGUAGAUCCAUCCCUUACAAGACAUUAACUUUACCAGAAGAGAUGACGUCAAGUAGUACCGAAGUCAUCAACGCUCUAAACGAAUACAUGGUACAACUCUUACAGGAGCUCAAAACCAAAGACGACUCCAUUCAGCAGCUUGGAUCUGCUCUGGAGGAGUACAAAAGAAAAUUUGCUGUGAUACGCCAUCAACAAGGACUACUGUACAAAGAGUAUAAAAACGAAAGAGAGUCCUGGCAGAAAGAGAGAGACUCUUUUGCAGAGCUGAAAUCCAAGCUGGAGGAACAAAGGGAAGUGGACACAGUGAAAAUCAAUGAAUACAAUCACUGGCUAGAGACUCUCGAAAAGGACCCAAGCGAGAUCAAGCGACAUCUGUCUGAGACGGCCCGAAAAAUGAUGGUUCUCAGGGUGAACGAGAAGUGCCUGACGCGGCGCUACACAACUCUGAUCGAGCUUGAGCAACACUUGAGGAAGGAGAACGGCAAGUUGAAGGAUGACUUUACACAAAUGGAGGCCAUGGUCACGGAAAGGAUCGGCUACCUGCAGAGGUUCAAAGAAAUGGCAGCAUUCAAAAUGGCCGCCCUGCAGAAAUCGCUCGAUGACAGCGUACCUGCUUCAGAGCUGGAGAGAGCCAACAAACAAUACACAGAGCUCACUAUUAAAUACCGAAAUCUCCUACAGAAAGACAAUCACCUUGUUCAGAAGACAACCACUUUGGAGCACCUUGAGAAAGAGAAUAUAUCUUUGCAUGAACGCAUAAAUUCCAACAAUAAAGAGCUUGAGAUCACCAAGGAGAAGCUUCACACUUUGGAGCAAGCUUGGGAGAACAUUAGCUCAACUGGUGCUGAGAACAGUAUGGACAAGGCAACCAAAGCUCUUGCCAACAGCGAGAUCAUAUCAGCAUCCAGACGCAUCACCACAUUAGAGAUGAAGGAGUUGAACGAAAGGCAGAGAGCCGAGCAUGCUCAGAAGAUGUACGAGCAUCUGAGGAACUCUCUCAAACAGGUGGAGGAGCGCAACUUUGAACUGGAGACCAAGUUUGCUGAGCUCACGAAACUAAACCUGGAGGCUCAGCGGACGGAGCGCGAGCUUAGGGAUGAGCUGGCUGACAGCGUCAGUAAACACAUCAGUGAUGCUGAUCGCAAGCGAAUUACAGAGUUGGAGAAAACGGAGGCGGAGCUGCGAAUCGAAGUGUCUAAAUUACGGGAAGUGUCUGACGUGGCGAAAAUGCAGGUGUCUGCGCUAGAGGCCAGGCAGCAGUCGAGGGAGAAAGAAGUGGAGAGUCUAAGAAGACAAGUCUUGGACUACCAGGCUCAGUCUGAUGAAAAGACCCUCAUUGCUAAACUUCACCAGCACAUCGUCGCCCUCCAGUUGAGCGAGACCACCGCCAUCUCCCGGCUGGAGGCCGCCAACACGCGCCUGCAGAAACUCGAGGCCCAAAAACUUCGAAUCGAGCAACAGCUCGAUGCCCAGCAGCAGACGCUGUGGCACGCGAGGCAGGAGGGUCAUCAGCGAGCAAGACACCUCCGCCAAACCAUCCAGGCCCUCCGUAGACAGUUCUCCGGAGCUCUGCCGCUGGCCCAACAAGAGAAGUUCUCCGACACAAUGCUCCACCUGCAGGAGGACAGGGCACGGGCCAGGGAGGAGGCACAGGGGGCCGAAAAGGAGAGGAGGAGAGCCGAAGGGAAAGCGCAAGAACUGGAGCUAAAGUUGAAGGGGUUGGAGGAGCUCAUAGCAACGCUGAAGGAUGCUAAAGGCGCUCAGAAAGUAGUCGAGUGGCAUAAAAAAUUGGAGGAUGUCCGUCUGGCAGAAAUGAGGCAGUCCAGAGAGCUCGCUGUCCAGAGAGAAGAGAUCAAUUACCUGAAGAACGUUGUGGCGGAGCAGGAACGCAAUAUCAGCAGUCUGGAAGAGGAGCUGGUGCAGCAAAAUAAUCUUUUAGAGGAGCGGCAACUGCUCUGGGAUCAGAGGGAAGUGGAAUUGGAGCGUCAACUCGGCACCUAUGAGAAACAACAGAAUGAAAUCCUAAGAACAGCUCAGAAGUUUGAGGAAGCCGCUGGUUCCCUACCAGAUCCCGAUCAGCCUCUAGCCCACCAGUUAGAUUGCGCUCUUAGAAAAAUCAAGGAGCAUGUUCGUAUCAUCCUCGAGACAAAAGCCACCUGUAACAUUCUGGAAGAGAAGCUGAAGGAUAAAGAAGCAGCGUUGUGGACAGCAGAACAAAACGUCUUAUCUCGAGACAAAGUGAUCAAUGAAUUGAGGCUCCGCCUCCCAGCCGCUGCGGAAAGAGAAAAGCUCCUGGCUGACCUGAGCAAACAAGAGGACUCGGUCAGCCAGCCAGGCCUGAAGAUCGCCCACCAGACUAUCAACAACCUACAGGACCGCCUGGAUCAGAAGGAAGAGGUUCUCAAGAAAUACCAGAACCUAUUAGCAAAGGCUAGACAGGAGCAAGAGGAUAUCACCAAAAAACAUUCAGAAGAGGUUCGUGCCCUGCAUCAGAAACUUGACAUCUAUAUGGACACAUCACUGGACCGCUUCCGACAGACUUCUUUGGAGCUAAUGAAGAAACCUACCAUCAUCGUACCAACCUCAAAGCACAUGGCGCGGCUGGCGGAAAUGGAACAGACGGUGGCAGAGCAAGACAAUUCUCUGUCCUCUUUGACACACAAGCUGAAGGCCGUGACAGCGGGGCUGGAUCACCAGAGACAGGUGACAGCCGCACAAGCCAUGGAGCAUGCUGCAGAAAUUGCCAGACUGGAGGAAAGACAUGCCGCCCAAACUAAAGGCCUGUCGCAGGAGGCUGAAGAUCUCCGAGCUCAGCUCACUCAGAUGGAGAAAGAGCUCCAGCACCUCCGCACGGAGCUACAGGCCCAGAAAGAGGCCAACGUCAGGUCGCCAUCCAACACCAUGAAAAAUCUGGUAGAACGUCUGAAGUCCCAGUUGGCCCUCAAAGAGAAGCAGCUCAAGGCUCUCAGUAAAGCUCUGUUGGAGCUUCGUGCUGAGUUAACAUCUCAAGCAGAACAACAGAUCAUUGCCAACGCUGCACAAAAGGAAGAGACACUCAAUGUUCAACAGAUUGUCGAUAAGCAGACCAAGGAACUAAGGGCACGUGUGAAUGACCUCAACGAAGAUCUCCAGGCGGCUAAAGAUAGCGUACGAGCAGCGAAAGCCAGAGAAAACUCAUUGAGAGACGAACUGGAAGACUUGAACAAGGAUCUUCAAAGAAGCCAAAAGUCUCAAAACAAGCUGCAAAUUGAUAAAGAGGCCCUGGAGGACCAGCUGAAUGAACUGAAGAAGAAGGUUCAGAGGCUUAACAGUGGCCUACAGGCUCAGGUUGAGAGCGACGGUCCCACAGUUGAAUCUCUCCAGAAGAAGAUCCGUAAGUUGGAGCAGGAGCUUGACAAGAGAAGUAUCUCAGAGCCCACAGAGAAGAGAAGCACCAUGAAGGAAGACAAGUCCUCUAAAGAAGAAAUAUUGCGAUGGGAAGAAGGUAAAAAGUGGCAGGCCAAAAUGGAGAAGGUGCGGAACGUUCUUAAAGAGAAGGAGAGGGAAGUGGAUUCCCUGUCCAAACAAUUAACAACCAUAAAGGAACUUUACAGCAGGUUGGAGCAAGAGAAGCUAAAUCUGCAGAAAAAGCUAAAAAUGAAAGGAGUAACCGCAGACCAGGUUGUUGGUGUACGGACCCUAGAGACCGACAGAGAGAUCGAGGAGCUUAAAAGAAGAAAUGCUGAACUGGAGGAACAAAUCAGAAUGAUAAGGCAACAGCAGGCUUUACCGCGUGAUGCUGCGAUGGAGGACAUCAUCAUUAGAAACCGCUAUCUAGAGGAAAGGCUUCUCUCUCUUGAGACCCAACUAUCUAAAGAGCCUCUAUCCAGACCGUCUACAUCUGGCAGAGGUUCUGGUACUCCAUUGCAAAGGGAACAUGAGCUUCAGAAAGAGAACCUCAAGUUGUCCACAGAGAACCUGGAGCUUCGCUUUCAACUGGAGCAAGCAGACAAAGACUUACCCCGACUAAAAGAUCAAGUGUCUGAUCUCAAAGAGAUGUGCGACGUUCUUAAGAAGGAAAAAGCCGAGGUUGAGAAGAAACUCGGCCAUCUUCGUGGGUCUGGACGCAGCGGGAAAACCAUACCUGAGCUUGAGAAGACCAUCGGACUGAUGAAGAGAGUAGUAGAGAAAGUUCAGAGAGAGAAUGAGACCUUGAAAAAAGCACCAGCAGCCAACCUUCAGGAGCAGCUUACCACUUUGGAAAAGGACAAUGAGAAACUUAAGGCAGAAUAUGAAAAGAUGAAAGGAAAACUAGAGGAACGACUAAACUCAAGACUCGAGUCAAAAACCAAAGACAUAGAGAAAGUCAUGAUGGAAAACGAACGAUUGCGUAAAGAUAUUAAAAAGGAGACGGAGGCCGUGGAGAAGCUGAGGGUCGCAAAGGCAAGCCUUGAAGUAACCAAUGAGAAGUUGAGGGCGGAGCUUGAGGAGACCAAUCAGAAGCUUUUAUUCGCCCAGUCAAAGGGGCCAUCUUUAGAAGGGGCAGAUAGCAAAACUUGGAAAUCUUCAGUGGUCUCCAGACUAUUUGAAAACAAAAUGAAAGAACUUGAAAAUGACAUCUCAAAGAAAAACUCCAGCAUAUCCAAACUGAAAGCACAACUACAAGAGGCAAACGAGAAACAACAAUCGACACAAAAUACCAUCAUCCAGCUGAAGGAGCAGGUAGACCUCCUAAAAAACGUUCCUAUAGAAGCUACAAAUGAUGAAGGUCUUGCCAAGGAAUAUCAGUCGCUGAGAUUGAGUAAUAAACAGCUUGAGAGAGACAAAGCUCAACUUCUUCACCAGAUCCAAAGGUACGAUGAGCAGUAUGGAAUUAACCUUACAGGGCCGGGAUACAAUGAGCUCCAGGAACAGAUAAAAAUGGCACGAAAUGAUAAAAAGAAAUUGCAGGAUGAGGUCAGAAAACUGACCAGCGAGCUGGAAAACUUUGACCCAACAUUUUUCGAAGAACUUGAGGAUCUGAAGUUCAACUACAAUCUGGAGGUGAAGAAAAACAUUGUGCUUGAGGAACAGUUAAGGAAACUGUCGGAUCGGUUUGGGGUGGCUGUUGAAAUUCCAGUUGAUGUAUCUAUUAGCUAA